CAAGAGCGUGUUGCGAGCACGAGAGCACAUGCAGCAGGACUGCUGGAGGCUGCCCCACUGAGACCGAGCGUGGAAACGGAGAAACAGAGAGCCAAGCAAGCUGGGGGCUUAUAAUGCAGGCAGCAUUUCCAGGUUUCUUUUCCACUUUGCUCUCAUCCUGCUAUUGGAUUUGAGAUCAUGUCUGUGAAUAUCGUAGCCUUUGGAAAUGAGAGAGAUGGAUCUUCUGAAGACAAUCAGCAGUCCAGCCUGAUCUGGAGCUACCUCAGGAGAAGCGCGCUCGUUUCGGAGACAGAAAGCAGUGUGCUGCUGAAUUCUGCCCAUCACGUGAGAAACCCGGCGCUCACCGAGUACCGAGCCCGAGUGUUUGGAAAUGUCCGAUUGGUGGUGCAUGAUUGUCCUCUUUGGGAUAUAUUUGACAGUGACUGGUAUACUUCUCGCAGUCUCAUUGGAGGAGCCGAUAUUAUUGUGAUUAAAUACUCUGUCAAUGACAAGACUUCAUUUCAACAAUUAAAAGACAGUUAUGUCCCAAUGAUAAAAAAAGCAUUAAACCACUGUUCAAUUCCUGUAAUAAUUUCUGCUAUUGGUGCAAGAAAAAAUGAAGUGCCUUGCACCUGCCCACUGUGUACUUCAGACAGAAGGAGCUGUGUUACUACUUCUGAAGGAAUUCAGCUUGCUAAAGAACUAGGAGCUACAUACCUUGAGCUGCAUACUCUUAAUGACUUCUACAUACAAAAAUAUUUUGGAGGAGUGCUGGAAUAUUUUAUGAUCCAAAGUUUGAAUCAGAAGUCGUCUGACAAAAUGAAGAAAAGAAAAAAGACUCAAAAGUGUCAUCGAGUUAAACCACCUCAGCUUGAACAACCAGAAAAAAUGCCCAUCCUAAGAGGCGAAGCCUCGCACUAUGACUCUGAUUUGCACAACUUGCUGUUCUGCUGCCAGUGCGUGGAUGUGGUAUUUUACUCUGAAGACUUAAAGAAAAUAGUAGAAGCUCACAAGAUCAUUUUGUGCGCCGUAAGCCAUGUCUUCAUGCUGCUUUUCAAUGUGAAGAGCCCAGCCGAUAUUCACGAUUCUGCUAUUAUCCGCACGGCGCAGUCUCUCUUUGCGGUGAGCAACGAGGCUGUGUUUCCAGCUCUCAGCAGCGGCUCCUCGUGCGACCCACCAGUAAGAGUCGUUGUUAAAGACUCGGUCUUCUGUUCUUGUUUGUCAGACAUUCUGCACUUCAUUUAUUCAGGUGCUUUCCAGUGGGAACGGUUAGAAGAGGAUAUAAAAAAGAAGCUGAAGGAUCCUGAAAAAAUUGAGCACGUGCUCGAGAAAGUUAAAUGCAUCCUCAAAACUCCUGGGAAGCUCAACAAUUUCAAGGACUGCAGAUCUCACCAGAUAAAACAACUGUGUAAUACUUCUCUCAGGCUUUUCUUUAAUACACCUGUGCUAGCUGAUGUCAUCUUCAAAAUACAAGGUGCAAGUGUACCAGCUCACCGAGCAGUUCUGGUAGCUCGCUGUGAAGUAAUGGCAGCUAUGUUUAAUGGUAACUAUCUGGAAGCAAAUAACAUUCUGGUUCCAGUCUAUGGGGUUUCCAAAGAUACUUUCCUCUCCUUUCUGGAGUAUCUCUAUACCGACUCCUGUUGUCCAGCUAGUAUUCUGCAAGCUAUGUCUCUCCUGAUUUGUGCUGAGAUGUACCAAGUAACAAGACUGCAGCAUAUUUGUGAGCUUUAUAUUAUCACGCAGCUGCAGAGCAUGCCUAGUAGAGAACUGGCAUCCACAAGACUCAGUAUUGUUAGCUUGCUCCGAAAAGCUAAGUUUCACAAUUCUGAUUGCCUCUCGACUUGGCUUCUUCAUUUUAUUGCCACAAACUACCUCAUCUUCAGCCAAAAGCCUGAAUUUCAAGAUCUUUCAGUGGACGAGCGCAAUUUUGUGGAGAUGCACAGGUGGCCCUCGGAUGUGUACCUGAAGCAGCUUGCUGAUUACAGGAAUUAUAUCCAUUCGCAGAAAUGCUAUUGCACAGUAAUGUAAGAAGACUGAAGACAUUGUAAGAUAUUGAAGUAAUGUAAGAAGACUGACUGUAUCUCAUCUGGAAAAUUUUGCUUUGAGAAUUAUUUAAAGUAUAAAAAUCUAUGAAGAGCAAAAAUAAAUACUGAACACUGUAUGCUAUGCUGUAGUGCACUUACUAAUAUUCUUUCCUUUAGAUAAUAAAUCGCUCUGUUUUUGUCUUAAAGGCGUGAGAAAUGUAUCAUAACGAUUUACUUCAAAUAUGAGGAUUUCACACCCGUUAGGAUCAAACCUAGUAUGGGUUUGAGGCAUUACUGCCACCUAUUUUCCCUUUCAGCUUCUGUAUUGCUUAUUUUAUUGAUCCUUAUGGCUUUUUUUCAGCUGCUAAGGUGCUGAAAGCAGAUAUUGUAAAUUUUGUGUUUGGCCACAGAAGCAGUUCAAGAAACUUGAGUAGCCAACUCAUGAGCUCUUUAAAUAUCUCAGAAUGUAGAGACUUACCACAAUGCUUAUUGACUUGCAAAAUUAAGAGUAUGUAUAAGAUACAUUUAAGUAUCUUUUUACUUUCUACUUCAGGUGAAACUUACAGUUCUCAUUAAUAGCACUCCUAGUCAAAUGACCAGAUAUUCUUAAUUCCAGCAGAAUGCUUAUGUGGCACUUUGUUUAGUGUUUGUUUAAUAUUUAGUCUUUCCUAAAAAUGGAAAUAUUUUAUUCUUCCCACUACAUACAAUAAGGAAGUCUGUUUUAAUAACUUGCCAAGCAUUUUUGCUA